GCGCCAAAAAGUCGCCCUCAACUCCGCCCAUCAUUGGAUUGGCCGAUUUGAUUGAUGACGCCCUCAAAACAAUCAAUUCUCUUCUCUUGUAAACUGGUCUGCAAUAUAAAUAUUUAAUUAAGGAAAAAAGCCAUGGCCAUCAUGAAGCCUCCCAUCGGCGUCCUCCCCUCCUUCGCCUCGCCCCUCCGCAGCUCCCAUCACCUCUCACAUGGCACGCGAUCCGCCCUUUCUGCCGCGCCGCUAUGCCAUCGCUUGAAGCGGAGAUAUGCCACUGUAAACGAGGCCAGUGAAAAGAAGUGGUCCGACGCAAAAGCCUCAUCCGGCGACAUCAUCCACGAAUGGCCGAAAUCGCCGCGGCCCACGCCAUACGAAGUGCUCGGCGUCUCCAAAAGCGCAACCUAUGACAAGCGACGCUUCUAUGGUCUCGUCAAGCUCUACCACCCCGAUACGCACGACCACCAAAGCAAUUCCUCUUCAGCAUCAGCAUCGUCAUCCGUGUCCUCAUCCGUGUCCUCGGCCUCGGCCUCGUCUUCAUCCCAUGUCAGCCACCUCCCCCACGCCACCCGCCUCGAACGAUACCGCAUGAUCGUCGCCGCCAACGAGCUCCUCAGCAACUCCUCCAAGCGGCGCAUGUACGACACGUACGGCCUAGGCUGGUCCCACGGCGACGGUGCCACAUCACUCCGCGACAUUGAUAGAGACUGGCGCCAUCAGCAGGGCACCGCCGCGAACAAUGCCACGUGGGAGGACUGGGAGCACUGGCGGGACGCCCAGGCAGGAAAGGCGGGCGAGCCUGUGUUCAUGUCGCAUGGAGCGUUUGCCACCAUUGUCGUCAUGUUUUGCCUCGUCGGGGCCAUUGCGCAGACAAAUCGUGCCGAGAACAGCAGCACCGUCUACGCUGGAUGGGUGGCUGACCAGAACAACAACGUCGGUCGCCGGCUGCAGAGGAACGAAAUCGUGGUAGCGGGACUAAACAAGGAUGAGAGGGUCAACCACUUUUUAAGAGAGCGGGAAAACGUGAAUUAUCAGUUUGUGCCAGCCAAAUUCGAGACGACUGACCCAGCUAGGCCAUCGUAGAAUCUUCGCUUUCACCGGCGAGAAGGAGAGGCAUGUCUAGUGACCAAUCCUGUGUAUUAGUAUAGAUAAUGAUUUUACGACACAUUCUCUGCAUCUAACCUAUUAUUUCUAUAUAAUGUACUGAUAGUUCUAUAUAUAUAUAUACGCAUGCAUAAGAAAAGUG